ACGUGGAGGGCCAGGGAAUGGGUUUGGCAGCGUGACUUUCAGCCUUCAGCAGCCGCCUGGUGUGCUGUGGGGAAGAACCAAGAGGAUCACUUCUUUUCUGAUGGAGAAGACCAAUCUCUCUUUGAUCCUCCUCCAAGUCAAGUUUCUCCUCACUGCCUAGAAAAAUACCUAAUUCCGAGGACUGAUGUGUCCUCGUCACACGUCUUUCUUUUGGGGGCAGUGGGAAAAACCUAAAGACAUAUAGAAAAAGACUAAUAGUGGAAGGAAAGAAAAGACAAAGGGGAGCAAAUGUGGAAACCCUCUAACUAGGAAUAGAAAAGAGAAAGAAGGCAGGAUGAACGGGAAGGGAAAGAUCACAGAAAAUAAAAAGCCCAGGGGAAUAAGGAGAGAGAAAGAGAGAAAAGAAAACAGUGAUUUAUUUUUAAGAAAAGUGUCUCUCCUAAGUCCUCUAGGUCAAGAAGUCAGGCAAGGUGCAGAGCAUGGAAAGGAAGCAGCAGAACAUGGAAAGCAGGUAACGGACACUCAGUGCGUGAUCCCGGAGACGCAGGAGUUCAGCCCCAUGGGACUGAGAGUCCACACCGUGUUGGCCUCUACCCUGGUGUAUUUCAUCCAGGUAAGUUGUGAAAAUGCGGGAAUAACGCUUUUUUGCCUGACCACAGAUUGGGUACAUCUCUGGUAUAUAUGGUUGCUGGUGGUCAUCGGUGCCCUGCUUCUCCUGUGUGGCCUGACCUCUGUGUGCUUCCGCUGCUGUCUGAGUCGCCAGCAAACUGGGGAAGACGAGGGCCGGCCACCCUACGAAGUGACAGUCAUCGCUUUUGACCAUGACAGCACUCUCCAGAGCACGAUCACCUCCCUGCAGUCAGUGUUUGGCCCUGCUGCUCGGAGAAUCCUGGCGGUGGCCCACUCCCACAGCCCGCUGGGCCAGCUGCCCUCCUCCGUGGACACCCUCCCAGGGUAUGAGGAAGCUCUUCACAUGAGUCGCUUCACAGUGGCCAGGUGUGGGCCGAAAGUACCUGACCUACCCUCAGUGCCAGAAGAGAAGCAGCUGCCUCCAGUGGAGAAGGUGUCUCCUCAAGGAGAACACGCUUCAAAUUGAUGGGAACUUCAGUUUUAUAAAUGGGGAGGGGGUAUCCGCAGAGUGGGUAAAGAUAGA